UUUGUCGUAGCCCCUUUAUUUUGUGAUGUUCAUUGCAAUAAGCGUUUAUACAGUGGAAGAUUUAUUUAUUAAUUACGUUUAUAUGCAGUAGGCUAAAACAAACUUAUUAACAUCCAUACAAAUACCAUAGUCUACAUACCUAGCAUAAAUCGAUUUGAUGGUUCUCGACAUUAUAACUGCUAUUGUACAGUAUAAUUGUAACAUGAUUCAUAUAUGAUUGUGACAUCAGUGAUUACAAUAGUGUAAAUUAUAAAUUGGUUCGUGCUAUUUGGGGCUAUUUGUGUGAACGUGUCGUAGUCGGAAUACUACUAAAUUAGCUUUAAUUGGCUGUUAGUAACGUGUUAUAAAUAAUAUAUUGUAACUAUAUUCUUAUCACUCUUCAUAAUUCGCUAUUUCCGACACGCAAAUCAAGGCAGCAUACAAAUAUCUUUGACAAUUAUUAAAAUAUCGUACUUAUCAGUCCAUAAUACCUUGACGAUCUGAUAAGAUUGUUUAUAUCAUUGUUCCUAACAUCGUAUAAGAUAUUCUCGACGAUGCAAAACAUAUUCUCGAUUUUCUCGCAAAGAUAUACAAUAAAUAAAAAAUUCCUAAUACACAAGCACAAACGGCUGUUUUGUAAAAUCAUCGAACAUGAUCAUUCGCCGUUGAGCGGGAUACGAGUUUUAGAUUUAACACGAAUUGUGGCUGGUCCCUACUGUACAAUGAUCCUAGGAGAUCUUGGUGCAGAGAUUUUGAAAAUCGAACGACCCGGUAGUGGAGACGAAGCACGUAGAUGGGGUCCACCGUUCUUCGAAGGCACGCGAGAAUCCACAUAUUUCGCGAGUGUUAACAGAAAUAAAAAGAGUGUGUGCAUCGAUCUGAAGAAAGGUAGAGAUAUUAUCUAUGAAUUAGCACGAGAAUGUGACGUCUUAGUCGAAAAUUAUGUACCAGGCAAAUUGAAUAGCAUAGGUUUAGGAUAUGAUGAUAUAGCCAAGGUGGCACCAUGUCUUGUAUAUUGUUCAUUAACUGGUUAUGGUUCUCAAGGACCAUAUGCAAGUAGAUCUGGUUAUGAUGUAAUAGCAGCUUCGUUAGGAGGUCUUUUACACAUUACUGGGCCCAAAGAUGGGCCACCAUGCAAAGUUGGUGUAGCAAUGACAGAUAUGGCAACAGGGUUAUAUGCUCAUGGAGCGAUUAUGGCAGCUCUAUUACAAAGAUCAAAGACCAAUAGAGGCCAAUGGAUACAAUGCAAUCUUCUGUCAACUCAGAUUGCAAGUAUGAUAAAUAUUGCUUCAAAUUAUUUAAAUGGAGGCAAGGAUGCGACAAGGCUGGGAUCUGAACAUGAAAGUAUAGUUCCCUAUGAAGCUUUUGCAACAAAAAAUGGAUAUAUGACAAUAGGAGCAGGAAGUGAUCUACAAUUUAUAGAAUUAGUUCAAAGAUUACAGUUAUCAGAACUCGCUAGUGAUAAUAAAUUUAAGAAUAAUACAGCUAGAGUCAAACAUAGAAUAGAAUUGCUCCAAAUUCUUAGAGACACGUUCAAGAAGAAUACAAAUCAAGAAUGGUCUGUGAUAUUUGAAGGUGCUUCCUUUCCAUAUGGAACAGUAAAUACUAUAAAAGAGGUAUUUGAUGACCCUCAUGUUAAAUAUACAAAUUUGAUUCAAGAAGUGGAUCAUCCAAUCAUAGGCAAAAUAAAGCUUGUUGGACCACCUGUUACAUAUAGUUAUGCUACCAAUAUAAUGAGAUCGCCACCACCAAUAUUAGGACAACAUACAGCAGAAGUUUUAAGAAACAUAUUAAAAUAUUCCAAUGAUAAAAUAGAAAAUUUAGUAGCACAGAAGAUUGUGCAAGAUAAUUAAUAAAUAUUAUAUAUUUUUGUAUAGUUUUACAUUUUAUUUUAUAAUGACAAAUCUCUAUAUUUUGCAUUAAACAGGUUUUGAAAUUUUAUAAAUAUUGCAUUGAUCUAUAAUCAUUCCAAAAGAUCUCGUUACGGAGAUAUCAUGGGUCAUAUAACCUAAUGACAAAUAUGGCGAAGAAAAGUACAACAUAUGAUUAAUCCCAUUUAUUGUUCAAUUUAUUAUUCAAUUGUUUAUGUUAU